CAAAACAAACCAAUCAGAUGUUCGCAGACUAGCGUGGUACUGCCUUCCUGCUCUAAUGGAGCUUCGCUUUACUCUGUCCUUGCCCCCGGCGGCUUGUCGCCUUGAACCCCAGCUUCCCGAUUUGAGAAGGAAGGGUCCUUCCUCAUCCUUAUCCCAACCCCCAAACCCAAGGACCAAAAGGGUUGAACGGCGGGGACCGGAAGUGUGCGCGGCCACGGUGGGUCCCCAGUGACUCGACCCCGGAAAUAGCUGUUGCUGGAGAAGGAUCCCCCGGUUUCGCUAUGGCGGCGAUCCCACCAGACUCCUGGCAGCCGCCCAACGUAUACCUGGAGACCAGCAUGGGGACCAUUGUGCUGGAACUAUACUGGAAGCAUGCACCAAAGACCUGUAAGAAUUUUGCUGAGUUGGCUCGUCGAGGUUAUUACAAUGGCACCAAAUUCCACAGGAUCAUCAAAGACUUCAUGAUCCAGGGAGGUGACCCAACAGGGACAGGUCGAGGUGGCGCAUCUAUCUUCGGCAAGCAGUUUGAAGAUGAGCUUCAUCCAGACUUGAAAUUCACGGGGGCUGGAAUUCUCGCAAUGGCCAAUGCGGGGCCAGACACCAAUGGGAGCCAGUUCUUUGUGACCCUGGCACCCACUCAGUGGCUCGAUGGCAAACACACCAUUUUUGGUCGGGUGUGCCAGGGCAUAGGAAUGGUGAAUCGAGUGGGAAUGGUGGAAACAAACUCUCAGGACCGCCCUGUGGACGAUGUGAAGAUCAUCAAGGCAUACCCUUCUGGGUAGACUUACUGCCUUCAUGGGUACACCCAGAUGUUUGGGUCCUCUGAGAUGGCCCCAAGGAACUGGCUUCCAGAUCUAGACCUAGAAUGACAUAUAACUGUAAACUUCAGUUGGGCCUUGCAAAUCAUGGAGCUAAGGAAGCCUGGGGUCUUGGGUGAGUUAGAGAUGGAAAUUACAUUUUAACAGGAUGCUUCUUUUCUCUUUCCCCGGUGCCGAGGUUGACAGAGCAUUUGCAGAAAUGCCCAUAGAUGUUCAGGUACAGGCUGUAUCCACUGCAGAUGACCCAUGCUGCUGCUGCUUGUGUGUGUCUGCUCUGAUACACUUGAAACAAAAUGAAGUAGAGUCUCUGUCGGUGCACAGCGUCUAACGAGACUUCUUCCUGGGGAGAUUGAUAUUCUGGCCUAUACUGCAGUCGUCAGUGGCUAACAGCCCCAGAAUUCAAAACCAAGUAGUGUCUGUCAGCCUUUUUAACUCUGGGCGCACCCUAUUUCAGUCUCCUACAUUUGUUCUUCCAGGGAGUGUGUGCAUCUCUAUAUAUAUUUUCCCUCAAAACCAGAGCAUCAACACUGCUGUUUUUCUUGACACUUAGACAUCCCACGCAAAGCCACAUUGAAUUUUUGCCAAAUGGAAAAUGCAUCCAACAAUCAAGUUCCUAAGAAGGUGUCAUGUGGGGGAUGAUAAUGUGUGAUAAUCAAGAGAAGAGUUUAUUAAAAGGAAGCUGAAGCACUGACCUUUUUUUUCCACAGGAAGGAAUAGAAAUCUGUAGUGAGCACAAGGACAGACUGAAUUCUCCUUAAAAAACAGCAUUCUCAUGCAAGAGAAAGGCACCACUGAAGUUGUUGUUGUUGUUGUUGUUUUUAAACCUAAGACUUUAAAGAAACUAGAUAAGAGAUUUUUAUAUGUUGAAGUUUUGUUUUUUUAAAAAAUCUUCCUAUUUCGUUGGGGGGCAAGGGUCAGAGGAGGGAAGUGAACACCUACGUAAUACAUACAAAUUUCUGAAAUAAAACGCCACGGGUGGUUAAAAUUG